AUGCAAAAUGCUCUACCUGGACCCAGGAGAUACGAUGGCCGAAUCAUAAUACAUUUUGACUAUGAUUGCUUCUAUGCGGCCGUUUUCGAGAAAGAAAAUCCAAGCCUAAAGGCUUUACCUUUUGCGGUCCAGCAAAAACAGAUCAUCGUGACCUGCAAUUAUGAGGCCCGUCGAAGAGGCCUGUACAAGCUGCAGCUUGUGCACGAAGCACGAAAGCACUGUCCCGAGGUUAUCAUCAAGCUGGGUGAGGAUCUUACGCGUUUCCGGGAUGCUUCCAAGGAGAAUUAUAAUUUCCUCCAGGGUUACACCUGGAGCAACAAGGUUGAGCGACUUGGGUUUGACGAGGUAUUCAUGGACAUGACUGAUAUAAUUGACUACAACGUCGAGCUACUGAAUUUUCAUCACCUUCCAACUUCUUACUUCCAUCUUGACCGCUCAGAUCCGACAAUCGGAUUUUCUUACGACGCAUCUAGUGUCGUCGGAGAAACAUACCCCAAAGAUUGCGCUGAUUUGCUAGCGUCUUCCCAACCGGCUCCUGAUGAUUCCGGUGAUCUUCCAUUGCGUCUUCGGCUAGGUUCUCAUCUAGCUCGAUAUCUUCGCCACGAGCUCGAGCAACGAGGAGGUUACUCUGCGACUGUUGGCAUCAGCACCAAUAAAGUGCUUUCCAAACUCAUCGGCAAUGUGAAUAAGCCAAAGCGUCAAACGACGCUUAUGCCACCCUAUAACAGCAACAUCCACGGCGAAAGUAAUGUCAAUGCAUUUAUCGACGCUCAUGAUAUUGGGAAGAUCCCAAACAUCGGCUUUAAAACAGCCCAAAAGCUCCGCGCUCAUGUUCUAGGCCGUUCUCCUGGGUUUGAUACUGGCCUGGUUUAUGGUGGUACCACAGAAAAGGUCAGUGUGAAGGACAUCCGCCUGUUCAACGGUAUGGGACCGACCCUUCUACGGCGCAUGCUCCAGAGUCCUGGCGCGCCUAGAGACCUUCCGGAGAAAGCUUGGGGCCUACUCAAUGGCGUAGAUGAUACCGAAGUGGCGAAAGGCAAGGGAGUACCACAGCAGAUCAGCAUGGAGGAUAGUUACAUAAGGCUUGAUGAAAUGUCUGAGGUGGUAAGGGAGCUUCAGAUGCUCUCUGUUAGCUUGAUCAAACGAAUGCGUUUGGAUCUCACUGCUGACAAUGAUGAUCCUGAUGCAAAUGACCCUUUGGAAGACACGAACAAUGUUCAAACAGCUGCUCGCUUCGAACGUAUGUCAAAGAGGAAGUGGAUCGCGCUCCCCAGCUCGCUCCGCCUGUCAACCCGUCCUCGUCCACCGCUGAAUCCAGAUGGGACUCGUACAAGGACGUUCGCCCGUAUCUCCAAGUCCCAUCCCAUGCCGUCCUUCGUCUUCAACCUCGCCAUCCCAGUCGAUAUUCUCGCAAGGCGCUUAGUAGAAGAAAUCAUCAUGCCACAAUUGUUCCGUAAGCUACAUCCCGAGAAAUCUGGCUGGAAUUUAAGCUUGGUCAAUGUUUGCGCAACGGGUAUGGCCAUGAGGGCGAGUGAUGGGAAGGAGGGUGUGGGAAGGGACAUCAAGGGUAUGUUCCAGAAGCAAGACCAUCUGUUGAGUGAAUGGAAAGUCGAGGAUGUUGAUAGGCCCCCAAGCCAAGAGCGCAAUGAAAUCGCCGAGACAAUAGGACAUGUGGUUGGGGCGAAACAGGAUUUAUCUCUCAUUCCAAGACCGCAACAAGCAACGGAGUUAGGUUCAGAAGAUGGUCUCGGUGUUUCGCAGUGCAGUAAUGUAAUUUUUGCUGACGAUUGGGAUAAUGGCGAUGAAAUGCAAGACGCUAGUGAAGUGUGUAAGAGCUUUACGGCUGUCAUGCCGGCUUUUGCAAUGGUGGCUCACAAGCGCUUUCAUGACAUGAUAGACUAG